AUGGACGAAUAUCUCGACUGGAUCGCCCGCAAUGGAGGCUCUUACUCUAAACUGGACUUUAGAAGAGACCAGGAAACCAAUGGCACAGUCCAUGCAACCGAGACUGUCUAUCCAAACGACACAUUCGCCACAGUCCCAUUCAGGGUUACCAUUACUGAGAAAGUCGCCCGCAAGACCUUUGCCGAUCUGUCAGACGUCUCAUGCCGCAAUGUCAUGGCUCUAUUUGUAGCCUAUCAAAGUCUUUUGGGCGAUCAGUCGUUUUAUGCACCCUACCUCAAUAUUCUUCCCAAACAAAUACUCACGCCAUUUUUCUGGGAAACAGAAGAUCUCCACUAUCUCGACCAAACCAAUCUUGCAACCGCCGUUCGCGAAAGGAAGCUGAAUAUUUUUAAUGAUUAUGAAGCAUUAGUGGUUAGACUAUCUGCAGAAUUGCCCUUUCCUUAUACACUAAUUGACCCCACACACACCGAGCCUUCUGAAGUCUUAUUUCCACUUGUGGACUCACUGAACCAUAAGCCAAACACAAAAAUAACCUGGGUUCGAAGUGGGGAUGAUCAAUCUGGAUCUCUGUCCUUUGUUUCUGGCCAAGUGUUCAAUGCAGGUGAAGAGAUGUUUAAUAACUAUGGUCCAAAGUCCAACGAAGAAUUACUUUUGGGUUACGGCUUCUGCUUUGAGGUGAAUGAGCAUGAUCAUGUAGCACUCAAGCCAAACUUCUCUCGAGAUCCAAACGGACAAGUUAAACUUGAGAUCUUAAAGCAAUGUCAUAUUGAAUCUGGUAAUCCAGAUCCACUCACUUAUUAUGUUCAUCGUGAACAUAUUCCUCAAAUGUUCCUCAAACUUAUGCGUGUCUUGGUUAUGAACCAGACUGAAGCAAAAAUAUACAUCCAAUGCAAAGAUUCACAACAGCUUGAGUGGGUGGGUUAUCGAAAUGAACUGGCAAUGGUAGCCAUGACUUGCGCUCUCUUGCAAAGUCGACUGAACGCAAUCCGGGCUGUGGAACUAAACAGAGAGACCACGCGUUGGGUGCAGAGAUGUGCAUUGAUGUAUAGAGAUGGCCAAGAGCAGAUCCUUGCUCUCACAUUAAUUUCCAUGGAAAAUCUCAAACAAACUAUAUUCAAGAAGAUGGCACGUGACAAGAAACAAGAACGGAUAGCCCCAGUGACACCUUUUGUGAAUUAUCUUAAUCCAGGAUAUUUUGAAUCGCUGACCUAUCCUGACCUGGAGGCUGAAGGUCUGGUGAUGAUGGACUCAGUGACCAUUACCCUUGGUCAAUUACUGCGCGAUAAAAAAUUCAAAUCCACUAUUGAACAGUUAUUUGAAGACAUUGAGGAAGAAGAAGACGUCGUUUGGAUGAUCGGACUCUUACACGAAAGAACCAAAAAGAACAGUCCAUGGAAGCCAUUCUUUGAAAAGACUGAAAAAGCAUAUCUUCAGGAACAUCAAAACCUUGAGGAAUUAGAAGAUCUUCAUGGUUCACUCUUCCCUGCCUUUUCGGAAGCUUUUCCUGAUAUCUUCGCUCCCCAAGAUUACACAGUCCAGUUAUUUGGCUGGGCAGACAUGGUGAUGAACACUUAUACAAUAGAAAAUCCCCUCUGUGUCGUACCUCUUUAA